UGCGGUUUCCCGUGUAUGUCCAGAGUCUCGCGAGGCUUGGAGGCGGGUCUUCUGCGAGAGGGCUGCCCCGGACGUGCGGGGUGUGGAUCCCUGCGAGGGGCGGAGCUGGAGAUGGCGUCCGCAGCGGCUUGCCGGCUGGCCCGGAGAGCAGUCCUACCAGGGCCUCUCUGGAGCGGGCCGAGGGGGACGAGAGGUGGCGAUGUUUCCGCCGUACCGGGUAGCUCAGGUCGCAGCCUGGUACCGUCGAGGUCAGUCAUCGUGACUCGCAGCGGAGCCAUUUUGCCCAAGCCGGUGAAAAUGUCCUUUGGUCUCCUCCGUGUCUUCUCCAUUGUGAUCCCUUUUCUCUAUGUUGGGACACUCAUUAGCAAGAACUUUGCUGCUUUACUUGAGGAGCAUGACAUUUUUGUUCCAGAGGAUGACGACGAUGACGAUUAACAGGGCAUGGAGAAGAAGUACAGAAAGGAGAAAGCACUAACAGACGAAGUGGUGGCAUGCUCGGCUCCCUCCCUAUUGGCAGAAGGGUCAGGGAAAGCCCUCAGCCUUACCUCACGGUUUGUGACAACAGCCCAGAACCCUAUGCUUUGGGAGCUUCCCUCAAAUGUGCUGUCCACAGACAGAGCACUGGAAAUAACAAGCAAGCCAACUACAAGUAACGUAAUAAAUACGAGCUGUGUAUGACUGAA